CAAUUUUUGUUUUGACAGUAAAAUCUACGCGAUCUUUGAAAUCUUAUAGUAAAUUGGUAUACAUUUUUGUUCGGUAAUUUUGUUAUACCUUUUCUUUACUAGAAGAACGGUAUUGCGGUUUGAAGUGUGAAUUUAAGCAAUGAGAGAAAUUUGUCAACACUUCCUGCGAGGCAGGUGUAGAUUUGGAACUACUUGUAGAAACAUUCAUCAACAACAACAGAGAACAUCUAAUAAUAAUGGGUUUGGUGGUGGUGGUGGAGGAGGACAACAAAAUACAAACCCUUUUGGAUUUGGUUCUACCUCUACCUCUGCCUCUAACAACCACCAACCAAAGACCAACCCUUUUGGUUUUGGUUCACAAAACAAUGGGGCUCCUCGUUCUGAUUUCAAACCAAACCAAUCCCAGCCUCUUGAAAACAACAAAUGGAGUCGGUCUUCAUCCAAGCCCCAGAACGGCACUCCACGUCAGUCUGAUAACAAUUCUCAAACAGUGAAUCAUAAAUGUACAGAUCCCGAGGCUUGCAAGCGCCAGAUUGUAGAAGAUUUUCAGCAAGAGAAACCACUUUGGAUUCUUACAUGCUAUGGUCACUGUAAAGGUGCUCCUUGUGACAUUGUUGGAGAUAUUAGCUAUGAAGAAUUACGGGCAGCGGCUUAUGAGGAUAAUAAGAAAGGAAUGAGUUUGCCACAAAUUGUUGAGAAAGAGAAAAACAUAUUACAAUCCAAGUUGGUUGAGUUUAACAAACUACUUUCUGAACCCUACAAAAUGCCUCUGACGUCUUCUCUCAACAUUCAAAACUUCCAAUCCAAUGGAGCCAACGUAAAUGCCUUUCAACCAGCCACUCAAAACUUCCAAUCCAAUGGAGCCAAUGCAAAUGCCUUUCAACCAGCCACUCAAAAUAAUGGUCCUUUAUCAGUCUCAAGCUUUAGCCAACUGGGUGCUUCACUGAACCCUGGCUUUGGAAGGCCUUCUGCACCAUUAAUGAGUACUCCGGUGCAGCCUAGUUCCAUUGGAGGUGGAGGAAACUUUUUCACACCCAACUCAGGAAAUCUAUUCGGCAGUGGAAUCUCUGGUGGUCAAGUCAACCCCUUUCCUACACCAGUGGGGUUGACAGGGUUUCCAGGUUCUACUUCCCAGUUCCAACAACCACCCUUUGGGUUCAAUAACACUAGCUCCACUACAAUGUUUCAGACAGCACCAGAUGUGCAGCUAAAUACGUCCCAAGUGGAGAAUGUGUCUGUGGAUGAUAGUAUCUGGUUAAAGGAGAAAUGGAAUCCUGGAGAGAUUCCAGAACAAGCUCCUCCAGAUAGAUUUGUUUGGUAGACAUCUGUGUAUAGGCAUGUGACACAGCGGUUAGGCGUAUUUUUAGGUCCUUUCUUGGUUGAAUUAUCAACUGGUGGAUGAACAACAAGAAAUGAGGAGGCAAAAGCAAAGCUUCAAUCACAGUUUUCCCGAAGUCCUUGAUUGAUACUGAUUACAAUCCCCUUAGUUAUGUUUUUUUUGUUUUCUUCCUGAAAAAAUCAUGUCAUAUGCGGAUAGAAAAAUAGUUUAUAUAGUUUGCUAGAAUCCUAGCUUGCACGAAAUCAGUUUAUCCUUUUUCUUUGUAACAUGACAAAAAUUAUGCUCCUAAGAAAGAAAAAUUUCAGUUUUGGGGACAAAUUCAAGUCCAUUUGAUACAAGGUGUGAAGUAAUUUUUUUUAUAUUUUUCUCUUAUCAA